UUUUUAUUUUCUUAUCUCUCUUUUUCUUUCUCUCUCUUUUGUAUUUGAUGACGAUGACGAGGAUGCUGCUCGCUCUCGUUGCGCUCGCUGCCGUUGCCAUUGUCGCAGCACCCUCCUCCGUCAACGCCCUUCCCCAGCAGCUCUCCGCCGCCGCCGCCGCCGCCACUCCGUCCGUCAAUGUCUGCAAGUUUGCUGACUGGGAGACGGGCCUCCAGGUCGAUCUCUCUGCGCUGCGUGCGGCCGUCGCGUUCAACAACGCAAAGAACUGGAAGUACUCGACCAAGGACGCGUCCGGCACAACCUCGUACUACCUCAACGUCUGCGACCAGCUCGUCACUGCAGACCCCGAGCUCCCCGUCGAGUGCGCAAACAGCUAUGCCUGCCAGAGUGCAAGCAACCACAAGAACUUUUCUGCUGGCACGCAGAUCUACAACAGCGGCAUCUACGUUGAAAACAUUGACUCGGGCAUCAUCAUGAUGAAGACGAUUGGCGGCACGGCGUGCAGCUCUGGUGCUCGCAGCACCAUCAUCUCCUUCAUUUGCGACCCCCGCGCGCACUCCCUCGAUGGCCCCGAGGACGUUGACGAAGACGACCACUGCGUGUACGAGGUCGACUGGCCCACCAAGCAUGCCUGCACACAGCUCCCUUCGCCCGCCACCAGCACCGGGUACCACCUCUCGAUCGACAGCACCAACGGCGAAACGUUUGACUUUUCCAAGCUUCGCAAGCUGGUCGGCAACUGGGUGGUCAACAUGCCCAACGGCACGUUCGUGCUGAACGUUGGCCAGCCCAUCAACGGCCUUGACUUCCAGCCCUCCAUCUCCCAGUGCUCCCCAACCUCCGGCGCCUGCCACCUGUGGUCGGACACGGACCCCAACCUUGGCGUUCUUGAUGUCAACUCGCGCUCGCUCGGUAUCUCGUCGACCGGCCGCAUCUACUUUGAUGCCAACGGCAAGCUGAACUACAACAUGACCGGUGGAUCCGUGUACUCGUCCGACCCCAAGUGCAAGGGCAUUGCUCGCUCGAUCAACAUUCGCUUUGAGUGCUCGUCGCAAAUCAACCGCCCUCAGUUCCUCGACGAAUCCAACUGCGGUUACCACUUCCUCUGGGCUUCGAUUGUUGCUUGCCCCGUUGUGGAAGGCGAGGGCUCGGAUUCGAGCUUGAGCGGCUUUGCGAUCUUUGUCAUCAUUUUCCUUGUGCUUGUGUUUACUUACUGCUUUGGUGGCUGCUGCUACAAGCGCCACAAGCUGGAUGCCAAGGGCUGGGAGCAAAUUCCCAACUACGAUUUGUGGUCAAAGUGCUGCUCCAUCUGCGACACUCGCCGCAAUGUUAUGGAGCGCACCCGCACUGGUCGAUAAAUCCGAGUGCUUUUGUGGUCUCAGAUUUGAUGCUCGGUUUUUUUAUUUUGUGUGUUUUUAUUUUUUCACUUCCCCUCUCAACUUGUCAAAACAUCUAACUGUUGAGUAGCACCAAUUCUCUUUCAUUCUACCACAACAACGGAAGCAACAUUCAUCAGCAUCCACAACCGUCACAAAAC